UGGGCAUGCGCACAAAGGCCCAUCGUUUGGCCGCGCAUCUCCGCGCUAGCCCACGUGCGAGCUGGCGGCCCCCGCCCUGCAGGGUCGGUGCAUCGCGGGGCGGGGCCGGCGCACGAAGAUGGCCUCGCUGAGCAGCGAACCGCUGGGGCUGGAGCGGGCUGACUCUUUCCCAUCCCAUCUGGCCCUGGGGGCAGAUGUGGCGCGGGCCGUGGAGCUGCUGGAGCGGCUGCAGCGCAGUGGGGAGUUGCCCCCACAGAAGCUGCAGGCGCUGCAGAGGGUGCUGCAAAGCAAGUUCUGCUCAGCCAUCCGGGAGGUUUACGAACAGCUCUACGACACGCUGGACAUCGCAGGCAGUGCUGAGAUCCGGGCCCAUGCCACAGCCAAAGCGACAGUGGCGGCCUUUGCAGCCAGUGAGGGGCACGCGCACCCACGGGUGGUGGAGCUGCCCAAGACAGAUGAGGGGCUCGGCUUCAACAUCAUGGGAGGCAAGGAGCAGAACUCUCCCAUCUACAUCUCCCGCAUCAUCCCUGCUGGCGUGGCUGACCGGCACGGCGGGCUCAAGCGCGGGGACCAGCUCCUCUCUGUCAAUGGCGUGAGCGUGGAGGGGGAACAGCAUGAGAAGGCAGUGGAGCUGCUGAAGGCGGCGCAGGGCACGGUGAAGCUGGUCGUGCGCUACACACCCAAGGUGCUGGAGGAGAUGGAGGCCCGCUUCGAGAAGAUGCGCACGGCCCGGCGCCGUCAGCAGCACGCCAGCUACUCGUCACUGGAGUCACGAGGAUAACGCCUCAUCCCCUGGUGUCUUGGCAGGAGGGUGCUGAAGACACCCCCCCCCCCCCCCCCCCAAGUUCUGUAAGUGGCUGGCUGACCCCACCUUGGGAGGCAGGGGCCUCUUCCCUCCCACUUUCCCCAGUCUAGCUACCCUUCCCCACCCCCAGUUCUCAGUAUGGCUGCAUCUGCUGCUCCAGCUCCUCUCUGUACAGUAUUUAUUUCCUCUCUAUUUAAAGCCCUUCCCCGUAUGUGAGUCAGAGCGAGUGUGAAUCCAUGCGGCUGCCUUGCACGUCUGUGAGAACCAGAGGCAAUGGGAAUACCCCCUGGGCACACGCACAUACAUGUCUAUAUACACACACACACACCUGUGUCCAUCCCCAGAGGUGGCUGCACCUCUGUGCCAGGCAAGGGGGUACCCUUACUGUGCCCCCCCCCUCCCCCUGCCCAACUUUGAAAGUGAGUGCAGUGCAGUGAAUGGCCACUGGGUGGUGAGAGCUGCAGUGCUCCCCACCACUGGUCGUGCCCCUCACUCCUGACCUGCUGCCCCCACCUUGCUCCCCAGCCCUGCCGGUGCCCCUCACUCCCAACCCACAGCUCUUUUUUUUUUCCCCCAGCCUGGCUGGUGCCCCUCACACCUCAGACCAUUUCUGUUACCCUGCCCCAAACCCCCUGUUACCCCUUCUGGAGCAGGGGACCCAAGCAUCUAUGAGCCUCCUGCAAGGGUGUAGCAAGCCCUGCUCAGCCCCCCACAUAUUGGCUGUGGGAGAAGGGGCCAGGCCUGGGAAAUGGGGCCCUGCCCCACUCCCCAGCACUAACUCAACUCCCCCCCCCCCAGGUGCCUGGUUUGGUCCAGCGGCUCUGGUGCCUGGGAAAGCGCUUGAAAUUCCUAAGGGGGGGGUGGAAGGGGGAGGGGGGGCCAGCAGCCGGGAUGCCUGGGUUUUCUCCCCACUCUGGGAGGGGAGCAGAGCCUGUCUCCUGGCAAGCCAAUACCUGGGCCCUGCAGAUUGUGCUUGGAUCGUGUCUCUGUGAAUAAAGGUGUGAGCGAGUCCGUGA